CAAAAUCGGAUUUUUAAGAGUACAAGUGAGUUAUUUGGUGGCCGAAAUCUGUCCUGGAGACCACAGAAGCAAGAUGAAGCUAAUUGAUCGAAGAAUGAGGUUAACGGAACUGCUCUUACGAUGCUCCAUCAGUGUCUUCGCUCUCCUCGCGCUUAUUCUGGUAGUUACUGACACUGAGGUCAAGCUAAUCUUCACUAUCAAGAAGACAGCCAAGUACACCGACAUGAAGGCGGUUGUGUUCUUGGUGGUGGCUAAUGGGAUAGCUGCGGUUUAUUCUUUGUUGCAAUCAGUUCGUUGCGUGGUGGGUACGAUGAAAGGACGGGUUUUGUUUAGUAAGUCUCUUGCUUGGGCCUUUUUCUCUGGUGAUCAGGCGAUGGCGUACUUGAAUGUGGCAGCCAUUGCAGCAACAGCAGAGUCUGGUGUGAUUGCAAGAGAAGGAGAGGAAGAUUUGCAAUGGAUGAGAGUGUGCAAUAUGUAUGGAAAGUUCUGCAACCAAAUGGCUAUAGGUGUCUCCAGCGCCUUGUUAGCCUCCAUUGCUAUGGUUUUCGUCUCCUGCAUUUCUGCUUUUAGUCUCUUCCGCUUGUACGGUGCCACCAAAGACCGCAGAACCACACCUUGGCUUGGAGAUCUCAACGAUUUCAUUGCUCCGUCUCAAGCUUGUGUCAUAUCUCUUAAGGAUUCAAAACCCAUCGUCAAGAAGUCUGAUCGACCCCAGGUUGUGAUUGCUCCAAAACAGCAGCUUGAACCGGUCAAAAUUUCUCUCAAGGAUUGCUUGGCUUGCAGUGGAUGCAUCACAUCAGCUGAGACAGUUAUGCUUGAGAAGCAAAGCUUAGACGAGUUUCUCUCUGCCCUUAGCAAAGGCAAGGACGUGAUUGUGUCCAUUUCCCCACAGUCGAGAGCUUCCCUUGCAGUUCACUAUGAGAUCACUCCUCUUCAGGUUUUCAAGAAGCUAACUACGUUUUUGAAGUCUUUGGGAGUUAAAGCUGUGUUUGAUACAAGCUGCAGUAGAGACUUGGUACUUAUUGAAGCUUGUAAUGAGUUUGUGAGCCGUUACAAGCAAGCUAAUUCUGAUGAUGGUGAAAAUUCUCAAUCCCCUCUCCCUGUGCUUUCCUCUGCCUGUCCUGGGUGGAUAUGUUAUGCUGAAAAGCAGCUUGGCUCAUAUGUUCUGCCGUAUGUCUCUUCUGUUAAGAGUCCUCAGCAAGCUAUUGGAGCUGCAAUCAAACACCAUCUGUGUCAAGCAUUAGGACUCAGGCUGCAGGAGGUGUACCAUGUGACUGUGAUGCCCUGUUAUGAUAAGAAGCUCGAGGCAGCAAGAGAUGAUUUUGUCUUUGAAGAUGGAGCACAAGAUAAUGGAGGCCUCAAGCUGACAGAGGUUGAUUCCGUGCUAACAACUGGUGAAAUCUUGGAUUUAAUAAAGUUGAAAGGAGUUGACUUUAAAGAUUUGGAGGAAUCUCCACUCGACAGAAUGCUGACUAAUGUUACUGAGGAAGGACAUCUUUAUGGUGUAGCUGGGAGUUCUGGUGGUUACGCAGAAACAAUAUUUAGACAUGCGGCAAAAGCAUUAUUUGGACAAACUAUUGAAGGUCCUCUGGAGUUUAAAACUCUCAGAAAUUCUGAUUUCCGUGAAGUGACUCUUCAAUUGGAAGGUAAAACAGUGUUGAAAUUUGCGCUGUGUUACGGUUUCCAGAACCUCCAGAAUAUUGUCCGGAGAGUGAAAACGCGCAAAUGCGAUUAUCAUUAUGUAGAGAUUAUGGCGUGCCCUGCAGGUUGCCUAAAUGGUGGUGGGCAGAUCAAGCCAAAGACAGGGCAGUCCCAGAAAGAACUGAUCCACUCACUGGAAGCUACUUAUAUGAAUGAUACUACUUUGAAUACAGAUCCAUACCAGAAUCCAACGGCCAAGGGAUUAUACGAGGAGUGGCUUAAAGAGCCUGGCUCCAACGAGGCGAAGAAGUACUUGCACACUCAGUACCAUCCAGUCGUGAAAAGUGUUACGUCGCAGCUCAACAAUUGGUAGACCGUAGACAAACUGGAGGUGUUCAAAUUUUUUGACUGACAAAGGCAACAAAGGCGGUUCUAUAUUGUGUAUUUAGAUAGGAGAUAAGUGUGAAGCUUUCUGCUCAAAAUCUUUAUAUGUAAAAGACAGAUCUCAACAUUACAUAUAAGUAAAAUUACACGAUCCUA